CGAGUGGAGGGCAGAGAGAGAGAGAGAGGUCGAAAUUUACGUUUGAAGAAUGAGUGAGAGAGACAUUACAAGAUUGAAUAACAAACUAAGAGGCGCUGUUGACAGAAAGUCACGUGAUGAGGUUGAAGUUCUCUUGGAUCAAGGAGCUGAAGUGGAUGCGCCUUAUGGACUUGGAUACACUUCACUGAUGAUAGCUUGUAUGAAUGGCUCCAAGUCAUUAGUUGAGCUUUUGUUGUCUAGAGGGGCAGACGUUAACAGAACUAAUGAAUUUAGUCAAACUGCUCUAAUAUGGGCAGCAUUGAAGGGUGAUGAUGAAAUAGUUGAUAUUCUAUUAUCAGCUAAAGCAAAUAUUAAACAGAAAAAUGACUAUGGUAAGACUGCAUUUGAUUUGGCUAUGAAAAAAGGUCACAUGUCAACAGCUGGUCGGUUGGUGUUGGCAAGUGAAAGAGUUGAAGAUCUUACAGUUGGGACUCGUCCUCUCGUGUUCCUUUGGGCAUGUAAGAACAAGAGAGUUGAUGUUGCAAGAAAUAUUGUGGAACAUCACGGAACAGAAUGGAAGGACGACGAUGGUCGUGAUGCAUUGGAUAUUGUGGCUGUUUAUGACAACGUGGACAUUGCUGACAUCAUCCUGAAGGAAAGACUGCUAUACGGCAAUGAUGUGGAAACGACUGUUUCUAUGUCAAUGGAAGAUGUUGCAGUGGAGACUCGAUGUGUCGUGUUACACUGGGCACACAAGAACAGUAGAGUGGAUGUGAUAAGAAAGAUUGUGGAGCAGGGAACAGAAGUGAAGGACAACUUGGGACGAACUUUACUUCACUAUGCUGCUCAUCAUGGCAACUGCGAUGUGGUUGAUGUUCUCUUGAGCAAGAAGGCAGAUGCUGAUGCUUCAGACAAGGUAAGUGUAGCAACAUUCAAAUUUUCGAUAGAAAUAUUCUACACCAAAUGACAGCAGUACUGUACAGUUGUCACAC